CCAAGCAUCGGGACGUCGAGCGUCGUUUCUCUCCGUUCCCAACGUCACGAACGUAAACUCUCAAAAUACACUCGAAAACUCGGCGAUCAAGAAAGUCAAUUAAAGAAACUUUUCCGCAAUUUAUAACAACACGAUCGAGAGAAGAAUUGCCACCAAACAUGUGAUUAUAACAAUACUAUGAGCCUCAAUCACCAAGAUUCAGAGAUCGGACAAAGUCCUGGCUGUGAUCCAAAAGCUAGCAAAAGAAAUAGCGGUUUAUUUGCUUUCUUGAAAUGGUUUAAACCCUCGACUUCUCGCGAAUCCAUAGACACUCAGAAUUCCAGCAGUUGUGAGAGUUUGAAUUCGGUACAAAGCAGUGGAACGGUGGCGUCUUUCUCAUAUGUGCCCCCGGGUGACUACACCAACAAAGUGAGCGAAAAGUGCAUCAUUCUGGGGCCCGAGACGGACACAUACAGAGCGAGACUCAAACAAAGAGACAAGAGGCGAGAAAACGACAAAAACGUCACUUUGCGAAAAAAAUACAACUUAUUUUUCAACCGCGAUACGUUACUCAAACCGGUCAAGAAGGACGAAGACGACGAAAAUACGAAAAGUCUCCCUUUGAUGACGCGCCCCUCUAUGGAAGAAGAAGAAAAGUCGCACAGAAGAACGAACAGUGAGUCAUCCAAAACGAAAAAAGCGGGGGCUUACCUCCACGUCAAGGGCAAACGGCGGGCUCCCCAGCCCCCCACUACCUCGACAAUGAGUCUCCGCAGAAAAAAACGACUGGCUCCUGCGCCCCCCAGUCUGGAGAAAAUCAAAAAUACUCCAGAGUCGGAAAUCAUUUUCAACGACUCGUUAAAAUUAGAUCAUGGCAUUCUAAAACCGGCCAAAGAGACAACUUCUGAGACAAAAUCGAGCGUGUGUGAGACCCCCGUGUCACCUAGGCCGUGGUACAAAAGGACUCCGAGUAGCAAAGUUGAAGAAAAACGCAAAUCAGGGAUGAGUUUCCUCACGAAUAUCAGCGAACUCGACCGCGAAGCGUCCGAAAUAGUCCGAAAAGAGCACCAAAAAAACGGAAACGACGAAAUACCGCAGUUCAUGAGGCCGAAAGAAGACACUAAAAUAAACACCGACAGUUGGGUGUCCCCCAAAAGACGCUCUGCGAAGGAUUUGAUCGCCAAGUUCAAUGCUAUCACCAGUGUGACUAAAGCAACGGUGUUUGGAGUGUCCCAAAACCAGAAAAAGGAUUAUUUCGGCCGCAGGACAAGUCUCCUCACCGAAGAGCGCAAACAAGAGAGUCUCCUCGAAAAUCACAAGAAAAGAAUCGAGCAAAUCGACCGGAAAAUCAACCCUUUGAUGAAAUCCGAGAGUGCUAGUGCUAUUAAACCCAAACCGGAAACGCCAAAAAUCGACCGGAAAAACUGGAAUUGUCCCAAGUGCUCGAUCGAGAAUGACUACUGGAGGAUCAUUUGUCACGUCUGCUCGACUAUCAAGCCGUAUUUUGAUGAUUUUUCCGCCACUAAAUCGGAGGAAAAACCACCGGAAAAACCCCCAGAGAAAGCCUUCGAACGAGCGAAGACUCAAAUCGGAUUUUCGGCUCUUGCAUCAUACAAUCUCAAGAAAAAAAUCGAAAAGUCGGUCUCACUUGACGAAGAAAAGGUUGACAAAAGUGAAGAACGGGAAAAAUUGAAGAAAAUGUUGAUUGAAAUGAAGAAUUCUCUCCCGAAACGCAAGUCAAACAUUUUAAUGAAGCAGAAUAGUCGGCAGAGUGUCAUUGAAGAGAAUCCGGAACAAGACGAAAAAACGGAAGAUAAGUCACAAGAAGAAAAAGUUGUGGAAAUCAUUAUUGGAACCACUGAGACAAUUUACGAAAAUAUUAAAGUGAAGAAAAGUGAGACUCCAAAACCGGUCAAAAUUUCGGUUUCGGCUCAAACAAGUGCUGUCCAACUAGACAAAAAAGGUGAUUCAGAGUUGUCUGAAAAAACACCAAAGCCAAUUUUACGAAAAGAGACCACAAAAUUUGAACAAGAAAAGAAGUCCAAAGAAGCCUCAAAGCCUGAACAUGAAGGAAAAAACAAUUUGGAGGCCACAAAAAUGGAACAAGAGAAGAAAACUAAUUUUGAACUGAUGAGACCAAAAGACUUUGAGAGCAUCUACAGUGAUCCUAAUGGCCAAUCCCCGGCCCGUAUUUACGCCAAUUUGGCCCGAAAUGACGAACUCUCUUUGUUUUUCAACAUGCCGAAACGCUUAACCGACUUGAAAAAUAAUCUUCAAGAUGACAAAAAUACCGAUACGAUUGAAAUCAACCGCCUUUUGAGACGAUUAGAAACUUCGAUAGCUAAAGGGGAAUUGACUGAAGCGGCCAUUUAUGCCAAAGAAUUGGCCCAAUUGAAGGUAAAUUGUUCGGUGGUGAGGCAAAAACCGGUGAAUUCCAAUGGUAAAAAGCAAGGAUUUAGUAUUGAGAUGUUUGUGGAGGAUAAAAUUUCGCAUCGCGGGCCUUUCCCACUUGAAGUCACCGAAAAUCAGACUGUAGCCGAGUUGAAAACACAAGUUGAGAGAGAGUUUGAAAUUCCGGUGAAUGUCCAGAGGUGGAUUUUGGGAAAGGAGUUGGUCACUGAUGAUAGUUCGACUUUGAAGGAUCACAAAAUCACAACAGAGAGAUGUCCUGUGUUUUUGUAUCUUGUGGCGCCAGACGGGAAAUCUGAAUGUAAAAUUAGCAAAAGUGAAGAAGUGCCAAGUACCUCCAAAGAGAAAGUUGUAGUGAAUCGAAUUCCAAAAAUUGUUGAAGUUAUUCCAAAAGUUAUUCAAGAGAAGAAAAUUGAAGUUAGGAAAAGUUUAGUCGAACCUACUCCAACUACUAGUACUAGUCAAUUGAAGAAUGAAGAUUCUAAUAAGUUGGCUGAACCGGAGGAAGACUUGGAAGACUACGACUCAAAAACCCUCAAACCGGGAGAGUGGGAAUGCCAUUUGUGCACUCUUUUGAAUCCAAUUUCGAGCAACAUUUGUGCCGUUUGUGCCACUGUGAGACAGAAAGACUUGUCCCCUAUAAAACGCUUUUCGAAGAAAAAGGCUCCUCAGCCCCAAGCCGACCAAACUUACCUCCAAUUAGUCAAUUUAGAUAAUAAAGAUUUGGUCGAGAAUCGUGAACCUUUCGAAUGCCUUGUCUGUUUCAUGGAAAUAGCACCUGGUGAUGGUGUAACGUUGCGAGAAUGCUUGCACCAGUUUUGCAAAUUUUGUUUGGCUCACACUGUAGAAUAUACAGAGGAUGCGGAAGUGAAAUGUCCCUACAGAGACGAGCAAUAUUCCUGCAAUAUAGCCCUGCAAGAUCGCGAAAUCAAAGCAUUAGUGACACCCCAAAUCUACGAGCAUUACCUUGCAAAAUCAGUGUCUGAAGCUGAAAACAAAAUCGGAAAAAGCUUCCAUUGCAAAACCCCGGACUGUAAGGGUUGGUGCAUCUUUGAGGAUAAUGUGAACGAGUUUCGGUGUCCCGUUUGCAGGAAAAUGAACUGUCUGACGUGUCAGGCAAUUCAUUCAGGACUCAAUUGUAAGCAAUACCAAGAAAAAAUGACUCAGGAAUCUGAAGUUGAUGAAGACGCGCGAAGGACCAAGGAAAUGGUCAAUGAAAUGGUGAAAAAUGGUGAAGCUUUAACUUGUCCGACUUGCCAAGUGAUAUUAAUGAAAAAAUGGGGCUGUGAUUGGGUCAGAUGUUCGAUGUGUAAAACUGAGAUUUGUUGGGUGACGAGAGGGCCGCGUUGGGGGCCCGGCGGAAAAGGGGACACUUCCGGGGGGUGCCAGUGCGGCGUCAACGGGGUCAAGUGCCACCCAAAGUGUAGUUAUUGUCACUAAAUGGUUUCCUUCGAGCAUUUGUAAUAAUUAAGCGAAUAUGUUUUUAGCGUUUUUUAAUGAAAUUAGAUAAGUAGGAAUUGACUGAUGCCUGACAAACUGCCUUAUAUAAUAACAUUACUUAAAAUUUAAAUAAAGAAUAAAACACAGGAA